GCGCAGAAGAGUCACAUGGUGGCUAGGCCGGGAAAAUGGCGGCUCCAGGAGAGAGCGGGGCUUCGGGUGGCGGCGGCAGCACGGAGGAGGCAUUUAUGACCUUCUACAGUGAGGUGAAACAAAUAGAGAAGAGAGAUUCAGUUCUAACGUCCAAAAAUCAGAUCGAAAGAUUGACUCGUCCUGGUUCCUCCUACUUCAAUUUGAACCCAUUUGAGGUUCUUCAGAUAGAUCCUGAAGUGACAGAUGAAGAAAUAAAAAAGAGGUUUCGGCAGUUAUCCAUAUUGGUGCAUCCUGACAAAAAUCAAGAUGAUGCUGACAGAGCACAAAAGGCUUUUGAAGCUGUGGACAAAGCUUACAAGUUGCUACUGGAUCAGGAACAAAAGAAGAGGGCCCUGGAUGUAAUUCAGGCAGGAAAAGAAUACGUGGAACACACCGUGAAAGAGCGAAAAAAGCAAUUAAAGAAGGAAGGAAAGCCUACAAAUGUGGAGGAGGAUGAUCCUGAGCUGUUCAAACAAGCAGUAUACAAACAGACCAUGAAACUCUUUGCUGAGCUGGAAAUUAAAAGAAAAGAGAGAGAAGCCAAAGAGAUGCAUGAAAGGAAGCGACAAAGGGAAGAAGAGAUUGAAGCUCAAGAAAAAGCCAAACGAGAAAGGGAGUGGCAGAAAAAUUUUGAGGAAAGUCGAGAUGGUCGUGUGGACAGCUGGCGAAACUUCCAAGCAAAUACAAAAGGAAAGAAAGAGAAGAAGAACAGGACCUUCCUGAGACCACCAAAAGUAAAAAUGGAGCAGCGUGAGUGACCCCCUGGGGUCACAGCCACAGAACCUUCCCUCACCUGUCUCCCCUCCUGCUUUGAAGGACUCAUUCUUUCCUCCCAUUUUCACCCCAACAUAGGGUAGUAUUUGCUUUUUAGUCCAUUUUGUUUUCAAUACAAUUUAAUAUCAAUCAGAGUAAUUCUUUUGUACAUUGAAAUGAGGGGCUCGGUUUAAAAAGAAACCUACCCCAACCCCUAGACCAACCGGGAUCUGGAAGGUGCCACCACUGGUGCUGCCUUCUCUUCCCACAGCCUGUAACUUAAAUGUUUUGUACUUCACUGAAUUGUGAUGGUUAGAAACUUCGUGUAUAGUUUGUGGAAAUCAUCCAAUUAAACAUAUUGCUUAAAA